AUGGAUGUUAGAGCUAAUACAGGUUUUGCAAUGGGUUGUUGGGUGAUGCAAUUCUCAGUAAAGGCACGACAUUUGUGGUCGGUGUUGACGGUGGUUAGUGGUGGAGAUGGAAGGUGGAAAAACGAUGGUAACCAGGGAUGUUGGGUGUUCUUCGUGGCUGUAAUGGUGGUUUCCAGCAAAGGUAGGGCAGACGGCGAUGGGGUCAACUGGUGGUGGUUUAUGCUCGGUUAUAAAGGAGGUCAAUGUAGAGAUGCUCGACGGUGGUUAAUGGCGAUAAAAAUGGUGUGGCUUGGUGAAUCUUAUGUUCUCGGCAACAAACACGCGGUAGAGAUGAUGGUGGUUUAA